AUGCAGGCUGACCAAACGGUUUUGAGCUUGAGACCAGGAGGUGGAUCCCGUGGUGGAAGCAGAUUUUUGGGCUCACGCUUUGACUCAUCAUCGGCGGCUUUUACUGAUCUGCAGUUGCUGCGUCCCCAUGGUGGUGGUGCUUCUUCACUCCCUUCCUUCAAGACUGGAGAAUCCCGAUUUCAUGGCCUCAAUCGGAUUCGCUACACCAGAGACCAGUUCUUACAGCUAAGGGAGGUGGCUAUCAUCCCAGAGGACAUUCUGAAGGCCAAACAAGAGGUUGAUGCUGAAUUUUUUGGUGAAGAUCCAAGCUGGGCUCAUGGAGAGAGCAAUCUUCAGAAUCAGGGCCAGAGUCGCUAUUCUCAGCCGGACAGCCGUGACUGGCAUAAUCGGUCUGCACAAUUUUUUGCUCCUGCAGAGGAGAGAUCCUGGGAGAGACAACAAGAUACAAACCAACAAUAUAAGCAAGAACAACUGAGCUCACAGUUUGGAAAAGCACAAAUCUCUUCCAACCAAGGGGAUGCUGAAGCCAUCGUGCGCUCCAUCCAGGACUUGUUCACUUCUUGGGAACAAAGCGAUGAGUGGGGGAAACUUAGGGAACAAAUGCGUACAGCUUGGGAUAAACUGUAA